CUCUGUGUAUCCUGGGCAGGCAACGCUUUCAUCUGUGACUAAGGCUGUUAAGGCUGUGGGAGAGGCCGCCAGCACCUCCGUCGGGAGUUUAUAUCAACGGAGCGCAUGGAAGAGGACGUAGCUCAGCGCAGGAGGUCGCGGAGCUGCUCACCCAACGUGAGGCCUCCACACAGGUCAUCUGUAUACAUUGAUCCAUUUGCUCAAAGGGCACAACCCAGGUUUCAGAAAGGCGACAGUGUACAUAUGUCCAUCAUCGAGAACGGCAUCCGCAGAAAAGGUACCUUUAAGAUUCACAAGGGGCGCUACAACGGUACCGGCGGCUUCUGGGAGUACCAAAUGCUCGAAGACGGCAGCCGACUGUACAACAACGGUGCCUGGGUUCGGGAAAAGGAUUUGAAGUUGGAGAAGAGACGGGAAUAGGCAGGCCGAAGAGUUGGCCCUCGCUGAGCCCCCUCCAAUAUUACACCUGUGGCUGUGUCCGGUCCGGCAGCCACACUUCGUGGGUUUGGAUCAUUUGAUUGGCGUUACGGCGUUUGGGGGAUCGAGACACGAACGGUCAUGCCGGAACCACCAGGGGUGCACAGCGCCGUGUCAAGGUAACCUUUUGCUCGACCGUCUC